CGUUGUCCACACCUCCUCACCAGGCCCUAUGAGAAGAAUGAGAAGCCAUGCAUGCUGUCAGAGUAUACAGAGCAAUACCUGCUUUAUCCCAUCACUGUUCCCAGAGGCUCAUUUGUGCCAAAGGAAAGGUACCAGAUAGUUCAGAAAACCAUGGAAGGCAUCUCAACUACAAAGAGAGAUUACAUAGCUCACGAAGUGUUGCCACAGAAACUUAAACCACCUGAAAAGUUUGUCAAGAGUGAUGAGAGUAUGGAUUUAACCUCUACUUAUAAACAAGAUUAUAACCCCUACCCUAUCUGUCAAGUACCUCCAUGGCUCCCCCAUGUGACAAGACACGUCCCCAGUGCCAAGGCUGAUACAAGAACCACUUACAAAGAUGACUAUGUGCUAUGGCAUGAGUCAAAGACAAAGCCAACCAGACCAAAUGAUGGGUUUUGCCCAUCAGAUGUAAAAUUCAACCACAGAACCAUUGUUCAGGAUGACUAUCUCUACAGGAGGCCGGUUGCCACUCAAAACUUCAAACCUCCAAAUCUGGUCCAGAAAACAAAGGCUCCUUUCGAGAAUAUAACAAAUUAUAGAGUGAAAUAUGUGCCACAUCCUCUGAAGAAGCACUAUGUCCAUAAAAAUGUGAAAUACAAGGUCAGUGAGGUCCCAUUUGAUGGUCUCACUACCCACAAGGUUUCUUACAAGGCUCUGGCCAAUCAGCCAGCCAAGCUUGCAAAACCACACCAGCCAAAGCUUCUCCGCGAUCUUCCAUUUUCUUCUACAACUGAGUUUCAAGAAAAAUACCAAGCUUGGCCACAACCUCCUGUAUUGACCAAAAAACCUGAUGUAUAUCUUCCUCCUCUGGAUAAAAUGGAACUUCACACCACCACUCAGAUACAUUACAAGUACCCAAAUGACAAGCCAGACAAAAUAUGUCAAUCUUUGGUCCAGCUUAAAAAAAGUACUGAGCCAUUCAAUAGUUGCUCUAUAAUGAAGGAAGACUAUAAGCCUUGGUUGUGCAAGAGACUAAAACCUAUCACUCAUGCUCCGGAGCGGACUUUCCCAGAAAAAACAAAGGAUUACUUAACUACCUUUCAGACCCACUAUGUGCCUCAUCCACUCACAAUUAUGAAGAGCUAUAAACCUGGCUGGUCAGGCCCAAAGCGUCACACCCUGCUAGAUGCUAAAACUAUCUACAAUACCAGCUAUACACCAAAGGGCAUUGUUAGGUGCUUGGCCUCUUACAAAACCCCACCUGAUUAUGUCUUUGAGGGAGCUGACGCUGAUGGUCACACUCUCUAUCUCCCUGCUUCCAAGAGUAAGUGCCUGCAAGCUGGACACUGA